AUGAGAAGACCAUUAUAUGAAGUGGUGAGCAAGUGGACAAAAAUCGUCCGAAGAUCAAUUUUACUGUUUCUUAUCGGAUUUUCCUUUUCUGUCUUGUCCCAUUUAUUUGACUUUACCAAUGUACGAGUGAUGGGAGUGCUGCAGAGAAUUGGAAUUUGUUAUUUCAUCACAAGCUCCAUGCUCGUCUUAAUUCCUUGGACAUUUAUUCAAAUUGUUUUUAUCUUAUUCUUGCAAGUUCUUUAUAUACUCAUCACCUUUGGAUUAUAUGUGCCUCAAAGUGAAGGAUGUGCAACACGUGGUGUUUUGGAACCACCUCAAUGCACUGCCGAAGGAUACAUUGAUCGAUUAAUUCUCACUCAACAUCACACCUAUUUGCAAGCCAAUUAUGACCCAGAAGGAUUUUUAUCAACUCUCUCGGCAGUGACUAAUAGCUAUGUUGGAGUAUUGGCUUUCAAACUUGCUCAGAAAGCAGGAAAAGAUGCUCACAAGCGCCUCAAUUAUUGGUUCCUUUUGGGAUCAGGCCUUGCUGUUUGUGGAAUGCUUAUUCAUUACGCUGGCUUACCUAUUGGUAAGAAACUAUGGACAACAUCCUUUGCAUUUGUUUCAAGUGGAAUUGCCUGUGUGUUUUUGGCUUGUAUUUGUUUUAUUGUGGAUAUUCAUCAGUAUAAGAAAUAUUGGACCAGUAUCUUUUUAUGGAUUGGAUCCAAUCCACUGGUCAUGUAUGUGGUUCCAACAUUGGUAGCCAUUAUCAUGUUAAAGAUACCAGUACCCUAUCAAGGUAAAACAUCGAAUUUGUACAGUGCUGAAUUUAAAGUAUUAUUCGCCAGUUGGCUUCCGAUUGAAUUGGCCAGCACUCUUCAUGGUAUUUGUUAUGAACUACUCUUCAUACCACUUGCAUUCAUUUUGUAUUGGAGAAAGAUUUUCAUUAAACUUUAA